AUGGAUUCUGGAUGGAAUAUAUCUAUUGGAGAGCGGGGCUGGGAUUGCCGCUCAGCAACGGCUAAGCCUACACCUACCCCCGAAGCACCAGCUAUCAAGCUUCGGGAUUAUCAAGAAGAAUGCAUUCAAUCGGUCUUGAAACAUGUUGAGCAGGGCCACAAGCGACUGGGAAUAUCCCUAGCUACGGGGGCUGGAAAGACGGUCAUUUUUACUCAGCUAAUUGGGAGAAUACCACCGAGGAAUAUACUUGGAGAUAAAACAUUGAUUGUCGUUCACCGGAGAGAACUGGUCGAACAAGCCUACCGGCAUUGUCACCUCGCAUAUCCCGAUCGAACCGUAGAGAUUGAGAUGGGGAAUCACGUCGCGUCGGGAUCGGGCGAUAUAAUCAUUGCCUCUGUAAGGAGCCUUACUUCAGGGGAUCGGCUAGCAAAGUUCGAUCCCCAGCGCUUCAAGUUGGUAUUGGUGGAUGAGGCGCAUCAUAUUGUUGCCCCAACUUACCGCACGGUUUUGGGAUACUUUGGACUCAAAGAAAAAUCGCCUGAUUCUCCGAUUCUAGUUGGCGUUUCUGCGACGUUUUCGCGAUUUGACGGGCUCAAGCUGGGUGCUGCCAUUGAUCAGAUUGUGUACCAUAAAGACUAUACGGACAUGAUCAAUGAUGCAUGGCUUGCCAACGCCGUGUUUACUACCGUCCAAUCCCAUGCAAAUCUGUCACGCGUCAGGAAGGACAAAUUUGGAGAUUUUGCUCUUGGCUCACUAUCCAAAGCUGUCAAUACCCAUCAAACUAAUGACAUCACUGUCCGCGCAUGGCUGGCCAAUGCAGCGGAGAGGAAGUCUACACUGGUAUUUUGCGUUGACGUCGAGCAUACUAAGGCGUUGACCGAGACGUUUCGGCAAUAUGGCAUUGAUGCUCGGUACAUUACGGGUACUACCCCAAAGACAACGAGAGAUGAACAGUUAGACAAGUUCAGAGCCAGGGAAUUUCCUGUUCUGCUUAAUUGCGGGCUGUUUACGGAAGGAACUGAUAUGCCCAACAUUGACUGUGUCCUACUUGCUCGACCUACUCGAUCUCGCAACCUUCUAAUCCAGAUGAUAGGACGCGGCUUGCGCUUAUACCCCGGCAAGAAAGACUGCCAUAUCAUUGAUAUGGUAGCCACCCUAAAUACUGGCGUCAUCUCUACUCCCACGCUCUUUGGGCUACAUCCAGACGAGGUCCUUGAAAAAGUAACAGCCAAAGAUUUGAAGGAGAGGAAGGCUACGGGGCAAAAUGUUAGAGAUCCAGAGGAAUCGCUACUCUCCGAAAGUGGACCAGAAUUGCCGGAUGAUUUGAAACUCACCUUCACCAAAUAUGACACAAUUUACGACCUAAUCCAUGACAUGAAAUCAGAAAAGCACAUCCGCUCACUCAGCCACUACGCCUGGGUCCGCAUCGGUGAAAACAAAUACCUACUAUCAGACAGGUCAGGCUGGCUAACAAUUGAACAACAAGACGCAACGGGCCCGGACGAGCCGUCCCCUCAGUAUCUCGUCUACCACGUAAUGAUAUUUAAACCUACUGAAGACACCAAGAAGUACACCCGCCCCCGGCUGGUUGCGCGGGCAGAGAAUUUUGAAUCAGCCGUCCGCGCAGGCGAUACUUUCGCGGCAGCUCACUUCGAAGACCAAUACAUUUCCACCCGCCAACGAUGGCGAAGCUACUCCGCGACCACCUCACAGGUGAAAUUUCUAAACGCGGCGAAGAUCCGGCAAGGGAAUAUCCAGAAUGGCGACCUUACGCGCGGGCAGGCGGCGGAUCUAAUCACCAAGCUAAGAUUUGGCUCGAAGAAGAGGUUCGCGGCGAAGCGGAAGCAGCGAGAAAAGCAAGAUGAGAAGAUGAAGGUAAUUGAGGAGUUGCAGAGGAGAGGGGAGGUUAGGGUUGGGCCUGUUGAGGCUUGA